AUGGAUGCUACCAAGGCCUACAAGGAGCCACUAUUAAAGGUAGAAACACUUGAAGAAAUAAAAAUACCGAGUCCAGUUGAUAAUCUGGUUCAACUGGUGGAUAGAAGAGCGGACAGGGUGAGGCAACAGAUGAGCCUAAUCUACGAAAGCCUAGAUAGUUCAAGUGAGAUUGAACUAGUCAAGCAGCUGGCAAUAAUGAAAAGUCAUUGGUCCAACGUGACGGACACACUGAAACUGCUUGAAAACAAGUAUGACAGAACUGCCUUUGAUCAAGGUGAGGCAGACAUUCUGCAAUCUGAAGUUGCCGCACUAGAGAUGGUACUUCAAAUGAAGUUGGAACAGUUCAAAAGUUCCAACUACGACGUGCCAGAACUCCCAAAAGUGGACCUUCCAACGUUCCAUGGAAAUGCGAAGGAAUGGCCAGCAUUUUACGAGCUGUUCUCUGAGCUAAUAGACAACAGGAAGGAUCUCAGCAACACAAGGAAGCUGGGAUAUUUAAGAGCCUGCUUAAAAGGAGAAGCUCAAAUGGUGGUUAGCCAUUUGAUAACGGGAUCAGCGGCUAGCUAUACAGCAGCGUGGGAGCUUAUCUGCAAACGCUAUGAGAAUAACAAAUUAAUGGAACUGGAGUGCUUGCUGCCCCAUGAUGAGAAAAAUUUAAGGAAGUUUUUGGAUACUGCGACCGAGAGCAUAUUCAUCAUAGAGGAAAAAGCAAAAAUAGAAAGCUCUGCUGACGUAAUUUUAGCAGAAAUUGCUACAAGAAAAGUGCAAGUUAGAUCGUGUGCCUUUUGCUCUAAGGAUGGUCACGAUAUGAUAAAGUAUCUCAAAUUCAGAGCACAAUCAAUCGAAAAAAGAAAAGAAUUCGUUCAAAAGAACAGCAUGUGCUUUAGAUGCUUUGGAAAGCAUAAUGCUAUCGACUGCAGAAAGGAAAUUACAUGCACUCGAUACUCCAAAGGACACAACAGCCUUCUUCAUGAAGACACAAAACGCAGUAUCAACAGCAAUAGCCUCAAGCAAGUGAAAAGGGCGCUUAUUGACGGUGGAACCCAGAAGACGCCUAUUUCAGAGGAGGCAGCACAAAUAUUAAGGAUUCCCAGAGUAAGGAGUACUAUAGAGGUCGAAGGUAUCUCCCAGACUACUCAAUUAUCAAAAAAUAGCGUCCACCUGGCCGUACAGAAUACGUACGAGGGUGGCGGUACCAGUCUCAAUGGGGACGGUUGGAGUUCAGAGGAAUUCGUCCCUGCUAGAGGAGUGAAGCAGGGUGACCCUUUGUCUCCUAUUCUAUUUAACUUGGUAAUGGACGGGUUGCUUAGAAACCUACCCAGCGAAAUUGGUGCCAAAGUCGGAAAUGCCAUUACUAACGCGGCCGCGUUCGCAGAUGAUUUGGUACUAUUUGCUGAAACUCGAAUGGGGCUUCAAGUAUUGUUGGACAAAACGUUGGAUUUUCUAUCUCUCGUCGGCCUCAAACUUAAUGCCGACAAAUGUUUUACCGUUGGCAUUAAGGGCCAGCCGAAACAGAAGUGUACCGUGCUAGAGGCACAGAGCUUCUACGUAGGCUCGAGGGAGAUUCCAUCACUGAAGCGAACGGACGAGUGGAAGUACUUAGGCAUCAACUUCACUGCAACCGGGAGGGUUCGAUUCAAUCCGUCCGAGGACAUUGGUCCAAAGCUACAAACAUUGACAAAGGCCCCCCUCAAACCACAACAGAGGAUGUUCGCCCUUAGGACUGUCCUUAUCCCACAGCUCUAUCACAAGUUAGCCCUUGGGAGUGUGGCGAUAGGCGUCCUACGAAAAACUGACAAACUAAUAAGAUAUUAUGUGCGAAGAUGGCUAAAUCUUCCGCUGGAUGUGCCGAUAGCAUUCAUUCAUGCACCCCAAAAAGUGGAGGUCUCGGAAUUCCAUCACUAAGAUGGGUAGC